CGUCGCGGGGCGGAGCCGUUGGCGACACCGGGCCGCCUGUGGCGCGCGGCUGCCGCGGUUGCCUUGGCGACGGAGGAAGCGUUAGGGCGCAGCUGCGGCGGAGGCAGCGCUGCGGGAGGAGGGAGACCCAAGUGAAAGAACUGAAAAUGCAUCCAGAAUCCGGAGCGCCUGGCCAGGAAGAUGGAACUGAGCAUGGGAGUGUGCCAGAGGAAUCGGAAGAGUCUUCAGGGGACUGUAGAAAUGGAGAGGGUGUGCUGAUAAACAGUGCAGAGAUUAAACCUAAGGAGAAAUCAACAGAUCCUUCUUCAGAAAAAUGGUACCAAAACGAGCAGAAGCAGAGUGGUGAUCAGAGCUCAAAAGCUCACUUACCGAGCCAAAAAGCUAACGAAAAAGACAAUUGUCAUAGAAUGACUAAAAGUUUCCUUAGAAAACUUUGCAAGGACCAAAAAUUAUAUAUGACUCCAGCAUUAAAUGACACGCUUUAUUUACACUUCAAAGGUUUUGACUGCAUUGAGAACCUGGAAGAGUAUACAGGAUUACGGUGUCUUUGGCUAGAAUGUAAUGGGAUACAGAAAAUUGAGAACCUGCAGGCACAGACAGAAUUGCGUUGCCUCUACUUGCAAUUAAAUUUAAUUCAUAAAAUUGAGAACCUCGAACCCUUGAAAAAACUGGAUUCCCUCAACCUCAGUAAUAACUAUAUCAAAACCAUCGAGAACCUGUCUUGCCUACCAGUUCUGAACACACUGCAGAUUGCCAACAAUCACCUAGAGACCGUGGAAGACAUUCAGCACCUCAAGGACUGCUCAAGUAUUUGUGUUCUUGACCUUUCCAACAACAGGCUGAGUGACCCGGAUAUCCUCUGUGUCCUGGAAGCCAUGCCUGAUUUGCGUGUACUGAAUUUGAUGGGAAACACAGUGAUUAAGAACAUUCCGCACUACAGAAGAACUGUUACCGUUCGACUCAAGGUCUUGACCUACCUGGAUGAUAGGCCAGUGUUUCCAAAGGACAGAGCGUGUGCAGAAGCCUGGGCUAAGGGAGGGAGUGAAGCUGAGAAGGAAGAAAGGAGGAAGUGGGAAACCAAAGAAAGGAGGAAAAUUGAGGAGAGCAUUGAUGCAUUGGCCAUGAUUAGGCGAAGAGCAAUGGAGAAAAAGAAACAGAAAGAAAUGGAGGAAAAAGGAGAGAUUCCACCACCAAACAACACGGUGAGCGCUGAUCCAGGCACAGAGGGAGGUCCGCAGCCCCCUGCUGAGGAAGCCAGGAGGCAGAAGAUAGAGAAGUUUGUCCAACAGAGUUUUGAGGCCCGGGAUGAAGCCUUUCCUGAAGACUCCAGUGUGAAAAGUAAGGCACCUACUGAAGCUCGAGGAGGCCAGGAGAAGGGUUCAGACCCAGACUUUCCAGCAAAAGACACAAGACCAGACCCAGACCCCAGAGCUGCACAGGAAGAAUCAACAUUAAAAGCUCUGACUACAGAAAAGGCAGAAGUGGAUGGAGCUGAGGAGUUAGAAACCUUUGAAUUGGAGGCAAAUGACAAGCUCUUCAUUGAUGAUCUGCCUGAUUUAGAAGAUAUAGAAGUUAAUGAGACCUUUCCAGAAAAUUCAGAUGAAAACAAAGCUUCUUUUCCAAAAAUUGAAAUAAUUUCUGGAGCAAGUGAUGACAGUGAUCCCGAACUGGAGGAAGGCUGCGCAAUGCAGGAGAAAAUGUCCGCAGAUACACUUUCUAAUAUAUUUAAAAUUUCUAAAGAUACCUCAAAGAAAGCCAUCACGCCCCUUACAGAAAUACUGGAAGCAGAAUCAAACAGGGACUUUGAGACCAAAAAUGACCACACAAAGCUGUCAGAACCAUUGAUUCAGGAGAUCAGUAAAAAUCCACUAGAGGAGUCACUGGUGUCCCCAGCCUGCAGUGAAGAAAACCAGCAAACUCUUUCCGGCGUAGACCAGAAUGAUGCUCGGGCUUCACUCUCUUUGCCAGGAAGUGAUACUUCAAAAAAUAAGGUGCAGUUUUUGACAGAGACUGAAAAUUUCAUUGUGCAUGGGAUCAAGGAAGGCAACGAAGACAUUGAAUUUGGAUUAGAUUAAAUAUCAAAGAUAGACAGUGUGGGACAGUUAGCAUUUAUUUUCCCACAGGUGUAUGUGCACACCAGUUUUAAGGUGUGCUGAUUAUUUGGCAUUGCCCCACCAUCCAGAGAGUACUAUUUCCAGAUCAGUAGCGUGAGGGUGGGGAAAAAAGAUGCAGCAGUCUUGUUGUUAAGGGAGAGCACCAGGCUUGUCCUCUGACAAGUACCUAUAGGUGAUAGCUAAAGUUGAAUCGAUCUGUCUGUUUAGAAUGUUGACUUAUUCUUUUAGUUUUUGUAGAGUAUGUGAAACAGUAUGCCCCAAAUUCAUAGUGUGUGAUUUUAUUUUUUUCUGUUUAACUUUGGUUUACCAUAUUAUUUAACUAUAUGUUUUCCUUUGGAACUUUAUAAAAAUUUCAACAUCAAUUUUGAGAAUCUGUGUUUAUUUUCAUGUGUACUUCUAUCCUUGAAACAUACACUGAAGGCAUAUUUAUCCUAACAUUUGCUUAUAAAUUUGGAACAAAUUAUUAUCUUAUUAUAAACUUAACACUUCUUUAACAGUACAAAACAGUAUGUUCAGUUCCAUUCAACAAAUAUUUAUUAAGCCCCUUCUGUGUGCAAGAUACUAUGAGUAAGUCCCCCAAACCAUAAAAUCUGAACUAUUUAUCUUUUUGAUAAAAAUAAAAAAAGAAGAAAAAUUGGUAACAGAAUGUAAACUUUAACAAAAUGUUAUAAAUAACAUUCUCUUCAUUGUCUGAACAUGUAUGAAAUAUGUUUGGUUUGUGUUUUUUUUUUAAUUUAGUUGAACAAAAUGGGUAUGUUUUAAUUGAGCUAACUUUAUUUUGUCUCAUUUUACAUAAAAUUUCCAUAUUUCUUUGUACUCUUCAUAUUUGUCAUUUUAAAUGGCACAAUAGUAUUCUAUACUGAUAUGUCACAAUUUAUUUAGUUAUAUCCUAAUCAUGGACCCAAUAAUUCAAUUUUUUGGUAUUACAAACAAAGCAGCCAUGAAUGUUUUUAUAAAGUUAGAUCUUUAUUUUUAUUUUAUUUGUUUUUUACUUUUUUUUAUAACAUCCAUUCCCUUGGUGUAUGCUCAGUUUUGUAACUAUUAUUGCACAUUGCCAAGUCGUAUCGGUAUAUUAUCCCAUCCAUGAUUUAUGUGCCUGUUUUCUCAUAGCCCUGCUGACAUUGAAUUCUGUUGCUUUCUAAACUAUUUUUACCAAUUUUGUGAGUGUAAAACAACAUUACAAGUAGUUUUGACUUACAUUUCUGUGAUUAUUAGAGAGCUUGAAUAAUUUUUCAGGAAUUUAUAUGAACAUUAAGUGGUUACUGUGUACAAGGUGCUGGGAAUACAAAGACAAAAUAAAAACAUUUCCUUUCCUCAGGGAGUUUAUAUUCUACUCUAGUGAGGGAAGUAGAAUAUUUACUGUGAUAAGAGCUAUUUCAGGAGGAAGGAAGUGCUAACAGCCUAGAGAUGUAGGAAAAGCUUCCUGUAGGGGGUGUGCCUGACUCAAGCCUUGAAGGAAGCUAAAGAUUUCAAGUUGAGGUCAGACCUCUUAACUAUCCCCAAACCUCAUUGGCUCUUGUGAAAGUUACCCAUGGGGCAACAAAGGUGAAGGCCAGCAUAUGCCAACUUAGGAGAUCCUGAGGCCUCCCCACACUCCAGCAUGUGAAUGCAACCCCCUAAUUUGACAGAAGGGCCCGGGGUCUAUAGAGGGUAAAGGUCACAGGCACAUGUCAUGCAAGUGACAUCCCUCCCUUGAGCUGAAGUCCUCUGACCCUAAACCUAAUAUUUCCAUUUUCUCUUAUGCUGAUCUUCACUGCCCACCCCCUCCCCCCAAUCCCAAGGCAAGGCAUCUUUGCUCAGGUGCACAGUCAUAGAACAUAGGAUCCGCCCAGGGUCACACAAGAAGUCGUCACUGGUAGGAUUCAAAUCCAGGUCUUCUGAAACCAAGACCAGCACUCACUCUACUACACUGCUAUGCUCUGCUCUGCUCACCAUGCCCCAGACCUGGUUUGGCCACUUCCUGUGACAUCUUGGGCGAUUCAUUUAAAGCCUCUGGCCAGUUCCCUCAUCUGUAAAAUAAGGGGGUUAGACUAGGUAUCAUUUAAAGCCUCUGGCCUCAGUUCCCUCAUCUGUAAAAUAAGGGGGUUAGACUAGAUAUCUAAGGCCCCUUCUGGCUCUAAGUCUAUAAAUUUGGUUCUUACAGGUAGCUAGGUUGUGACUUCUCCCAACCCACUGGUAAAUUGGAUCCUCAGAUGGUGGCUACAUCUGAGGGUUCUAGGCUGGGUGGUCUUUCUAAUACUGUUAGCUCAAGCCCUCAUUCUCAUGUUCUCUCCAAUAUUAAUCAUCAGUGAUUGCUGUCCCAGUGUCAUUUAGCCAGUUUAUUAAUGCCCCACCAUCAAUUUAGCCAGGUAUCUCCAUUGAUUACCAGGAGGCAAUUAACAAGUUUUACAAAGGGAUAUUUACUGAGAAGAUGGAACAAGAACAGAAGUCAAUCAGUAAAAUAAGUCUUAAGCUCCUAUUUGCCAAGCACUGUGAUAAGGCACAAAGCUGUUCUGUUCUCAAGGAGUGCACAGUCCAGCAGGGAAGAGGUGAAAACCAAUAGAUACAAACAAGCACGCUGGGGCACACACACACCACACACAUACAGGAUAAACUGGAGACGAUUAACAGAAGGAAGGCGGGUUUCCAGGGAAAGACUGGGAUGUUAGCUUGAAGUACCAGGGAAGACAGGAGGCAGAGAGGAGACUGGAGAGAAUCCCAGACGUGGGGGAUGGCCCAGACCUGGGAGAUGGGGUAUUGUGUAAGAAAAAAGGAAUCCAGCAUCAUUGGAUCAGAGUAUGUGGGGGGGAGGGGCAUUAAGUAAGGUAUAAGAAAGCUGGCAAGGCUGGGGAGCAGGUUAUGAAGGGCUUUGAACACCAAACAGGACUUUCUAUGUGAUCUUGGAGGUGGUAGGGAGCCAUUGAAUCUUCUUGUUUAGGGGAGUGACAGAGAGAUCUGCUUUAGGAAGGUCAAUCUGACCGCUGAAUGUAGGCUGGACUAGAAGGGGGAGAAAUUUGAGGCAGGGAGUCUAACCAGCAUGCUCUUGCAAUAAUCCCAGGUAUCAGGUGAUGAGGGCUUGGCCCAAGGUGAUGGCAGUGUCCGAGGAGAGAAGGGCACAUAAAUGAGAAAAGGUAUGAAGGUAAAAUCAACAGGAAUUGGCCACAUUGGAUAUGGGGCAUGAGAAAGAGGGAGGAGUUGAGGAUGACACCAAUCUGUGAGCCUGGGUGUCCGGGAGGAUGGUGGUGCCCUCAACAGUAACUGGGAAAUUCGGAGAGGCAAGGGUUUUUUUGAGCAGGGGCGGGGGGAAGAUGUUUUGGACGUGUUAGGUUUAAGAUAACUACCGGACAUUCAGCUAGAGAUGGCUAAUAGGCAAUUGGAGAUGUAAGAGGUUAGGAGAGAAGUUAGGGCUACUGCUGGUGAGUUGUGAAUUUAUUCAACCGUUCUAUAGACUAGUAAUUUGGAACUAUGCCCAAAGGGCUAUAAAACCAUGCAUACCGUUUGACCUAGCAAUACCACUACUAGGUCUG